CAGUGCUGGAAAAUGCCCUUACUCCUGCUCAUGUGACAGCUGUGGUGGUUGAAAAAUAAUGAUAAGCCAGGUUGGACGAGAGUUGUACAAAGUGCCGCUUCGCGUUCUAGAUCAUCGCGUAUUUGUUAACGGCGAGAUCGAAGCUUUCCUGGACAAUUUCGAGGUGCGGCGCAACGACAGCGAAGUGGAGAAACUUUUCCAGGUCACCGAAACCGUAGGAUCGCUCAAGUACGAUCUUUCAGAGCGUUUUAUUGCAUUGGGCCAGCAAAACCUCACCGCUCUGGGCACCGAAGUGAACAAUCUUUUGUGCGGAGUCAACAACCUGUUGGAAAAAGCCAAAGUAGAACGGACGGCCAGCGCUCAGUUGCAAGAGGCACGACAGUCACGUGAGCAGCGCCGAUCUGAAUUUCUGACCAAUCUACAGCACGGCUACGCUCGCAUUGAGAAUUCGUUUGAAGAAAAGGAGGAAGAAAUCGCCGAACUCUACUCCGAUCUGCAAUUGAAGCUGAGCACUGCGAAAUAGUAGCCGCCGCUCCAAAAUGCUCAAAUCAACAAUC